AUGGUUACGACCAACAGAUUCAGCCCCGGUUUUAUCACCAAAGUCGCCGAUAACAACGCUGGCUUAGUCGGCGAAGAUACACUUUCCCACCUCAAAUCUCAACUCUUACAGCAACUCCAAGGAAUCAAUAGAGGGAUUUUCAGAGUAGCAUCUUCUAAGAAAUAUGAUAUUGAAGCACUGGUGAAGUUGCUUGAAUCCCAUAAUCCAACUCCGGAUCCUACCCUGAAUCUAGAAAAGGUAGGUGGUUGCUGGAAGCUUGUUUACAGUUCUAUUACAAUCUUGGGUUCACAGAGAACAAUGCUUGGGUUGAGGGAUUUCAUCACCCUGGGAGAGUUUUUCCUGACCAUUGAUAUUCAAAAGAGCAAAGCAGUUAACGUGAUAAAAUUCAAUGCCAGAGGGUUGAAAUUGUUGAAUGGGAAGCUCACAAUCGAAGCUUCCUUCGAGAUUGCAUCCAAAUCAAGAGUGGAUAUAUGUUAUGAUAAUUCUACCAUCACUCUUGAUCAGGUAAGCUGAGGAUAUUUAUUAUACCAAGUGAUGUAACAUAGUUGAUCCUAACUUGAAGCUUUGAUUUGUUUGAGAAACCAUAGCUGAUGAACGUGUUUCGAAAAAAUUACGAUCUGCUGAUUGGAAUCUUCAAUCCAGAGGGGUGGCUGGAGAUAAUGUAUCCUUCUACCUAGUGCAGUUCAUUAAUAUUGUAAAACUUGAGAGAGGUGGUUGUUCCUUGAGUUUGAAACUGCAGAUAUGUAGAUGAUACGAUGAGGAUAGGAAGAGAUGACAAAGGGAACCUCUUCAUUUUUCAAAGAUCUGAACAAGACACAGUCUAGCUCUACACAUCAAUUUCUGAUUUUAUGUAUCAUCCCAUCUAUAUACAUAAGCAUCAAUGCAGUUGAAGUUGUUGAUCUCUAGACUUCAGCUUU